AUGGCGUCUUUAUCCUCACAGAAAACUCCUUGCACUUCCGAUGGUUGUAAAAGUGUGGGUAUUUUGAAAUGUGAAGGUUGUUCUCAAAUAUUUUGUCGAAAACAUGUUAAUGAACAUCGAAAUCUUCUUAACCAUCAAUUGGAUGAAAUUGUCCUUGAACAUGAUGCACUACAACAAUUGUUUGUGGAAGAGAAAAGCAAAGAAAACUAUUAUGAUCAUCUUCUCAAACAAAUCGACAAAUGGGAACAAGAAUCUAUAAUGAAAAUUCAACAAACAGCAAAUGAAGCACGACAACAAAUUGAAAUAUUAUUUAGUUUACAAAAAGCAUUGGUAUCAACAGAAUUACAUAAUCAGGCAGAAGAAUUGAGAAAAGCUCGAAUAGAUGAUGAUUUUGUUGAAACAGAUCUUCAUAAAUGGAUAAAUAUGUUAGAAAAAGUUCAACAUAAUGUUAAUAAUUUUAUUCAUUCGACGACUGUUAGCGAAGAUUCAACAGAAUUAGGGGUGCAAAAUUCAGAAAAUGAAGAACGAUUUGGAAAAUCCCUUGGAAAUAUUUGUAUUGCAGAGGAUGGUCUUUUGGCUUAUCAUCUCAAACUCGACAUAGGUGAUGCAUUUGUAUGUGGAAUGAAGGAAUAUUCAUCGGGCAAAUAUGAAAUUCGAUUUCUUAUGAAUAAGAAGGAUUCCAAAUAUACUAUGUCGUUUAAUAUUAUCUCAAAAUCUACUUCCAUACCCAAAAAUGAAUUCGAUCAAGAAAAGUCAAGUUACGGUUGGUACAGUAACGAUAACAUUUGCUUAUGCGGUGCCGAUUUGUCAUUGUAUACAGUUCAUCAUGAUAUGAGUGGUGAAACUACAUUUGAAAUCGAACUCUUGAUUGAUUGUGAUAAUCGGAAAAUAAGUUAUUUCAAUGAACGAACAAAAAAUAGACGAGAAUUAAAUGUUGAUAUUACAAAAUGUCCAUUUCCUUGGCAAUUACUUUUUUAUUUAUUCAAUGUCGAAGAUUCUGUUCGACUUUUGUCUUCAAAACAAUUACUUUGA